UACAUGUUGAUGCUUCUGUUAUAUAACAUAACAAUAAAGGAUCGAAGCAACAGAAAACGGCAUAUUUUUCAUGGGGAAAUAAGAGAGAGAGAGAGAGAGAAUGGGAUCGCCUUCAAUGUCAUUAGGGUAUAACAGUCGGGAGCUUCACAACGUGUUCGUGUACGGCAGUUUGAUGGCCGAGGAGGUUGUUGGAGUGAUACUGAAGCGCGUUCCUCAGUCUUCUCCCGCCACUCUCAAUGGCUUCCAUAGGUUUAGCAUCAAAGGACGUGUUUAUCCAGCUAUUCUUCCCAUGGAGAAUAAGAAAAUUACUGGAAAGGUCCUCUCAGGUAUCACAUCUCCCGAAUUAGAUUUAUUGGAUGCUUUUGAAGAUAUUGAGUAUGAGAGGCGCACUGUUGAGGUCUCUUUGAUGGAUGGUUAUGAGAAAUUACAGGCUUUUGCAUAUGUUUGGGCAGACUGUAAAGAUCCAAACUUAUAUGGAGAAUGGAAUUUUGAGGAAUGGAGGCGAGUUCAUAUGAAUAACUUCGUUGAGAUGACCAAGGGUUUUAUGGAAGAACAAGAGCUACCUGAAUCAAAGCCAAGAGUGGCAACCUAUGAAUCUUUCUACCAGCAGCAGUAGGGCGGUGGCGGUGGCGGUUAUACACUGAUGAUAUUCACCCAUGUCUUGAUGUUAUCGUUUGUAUUUUCAGUUCUGGAAAAUGCUCAUUCCUCACAUCUGGCCACAUGGUAGUGUGUUUAUUUGUCUUCCCAUGGUUCUGAUAUGGCUGGGAUGUUAUUAAAUAUUUGGAGAUUAUCUCUUCAGUAAUAAAACUUGCUUCUCUCCAUGUA